CUGGGGAGGCCCAAGGCUGUCAGCCUGGUGCAGAGCACAGAGGUUUUGUGAGCAACAUAAGAUCUUUGCGAUGAGUUACUUUGGCUAUCCCCCAGUGGGUGGACAUCCAUCAGCAGCCCCAGGUAACAGUCCUGGGGAUGGUACUGCCUGUCCACCUUUAAAUCCACCUCCAAUUGGUCUAGAAAAUGUGGCUGGCUAUGCCACUCAGUUCCAUCCCAACUACAUGGCUGGAAUGGCAUCCAAUCUGGCAGGGGCCUUUGGUGGAACAUAUGUACCACAAGGCGUAUAUCCUUCAAUACCUGGAGGUUAUCCCCCAGUCCCUCCAGGUGGCUUUGGGCAACCUCCAUCAGGACAACAGCCUGCUUAUGGAGGGUAUCCUCCACCUGGAGGAAAUCCACCAUCAGGAAUGCCAUCUUAUCCAGGAUACCCAGGUGGCCCUGUGCCAGGCCAGCCCACACCACCACCUAUGAACUAUCCAGGACAACCACCAGCAACUUACUCAGGGCAGCAGCCCAUGCCAAAUUAUCCACCAGGCCCAGCUGUGAAUCCAUCUGUGCCCUCUUAUGGAGUAAGUACAGUGCCUACAAUUCCUCCUGUAACACAUGUAAACCGAGGCACAAUCACUGAGGCACCGGGAUUUGACCCUCUGAAGGAUGCAGAAGUCUUAAGGAAGGCCAUGAAAGGAUUAGGAACUGAUGAGCAGGCGAUUAUAGAUUGUCUUGGAAGUCGCUCAAACAAGCAACGGCAACAGAUCAUCCUGUCCUUCAAAACAGCUUAUGGAAAGGAUUUGAUCAAGGAUCUCAAGUCUGAGCUAUCAGGUAACUUUGAGAAGACAAUCUUAGCAAUGAUGAAGACACCUGUCAUGCUUGAUGCUUAUGAAAUCAAGGAAGCUAUAAAGGGCAUUGGCACAGAUGAAAAUUGUCUCAUUGAAAUCUUAGCUUCUCGCAGUAAUGAGCAUAUUCAGGAACUCAACAGGGUCUACAAAACAGAAUUUAAGAAAACUCUGGAGGAAGCAAUAAAAAGUGAUACUUCUGGACACUUUCAGAGGCUUUUGGUUUCGCUUUCUCAGGGAAACAGAGAUGAAAGUACAAGUGUUGACAUGGCUCUUGUCCAAAAAGAUGUGCAGGAGCUAUAUGCAGCUGGAGAGAACCGUCUAGGAACUGAUGAAUCCAAAUUCAAUGCCAUUUUGUGUGCAAGAAGCAGGGCCCACCUCAGAGCAGUCUUCAGUGAGUACCAGAGGAUGUGUAACCGGGACAUCGAGAAAAGCAUAUGCCGUGAAAUGUCUGGAGACCUGGAAAAGGGCAUGCUGGCAGUAGUUAAGUGCCUCAAGAACACGCCAGCUUUUUUUGCAGAGAGAUUACAGAAAGCAAUGAAGGGAGCAGGAACAAAAGACAGAGCUCUGAUUCGAAUCAUGGUAUCACGCAGCGAGGUUGACCUGCUGGACAUACGUGCAGAAUACAAGCGGAUGUAUGGCAGAUCCCUCUAUGCAGACAUCACUGGUGAUACUUCAGGAGACUACCGGAAAAUCCUUCUCAAGUUGUGUGGUGGAAAUGACUAAAUGGAGCUUUGAGCUUUUCUUUAAAAAAAGCUGCCAUUUUCAUGGCUGUACUUUAAAACGUCUUUUUUUCUCUAGAAGUAAAUAUGCAAUUACCUGUUUCUCCUACAGCAAUUACAUCUUUAAAGAUAAUAUUGCCUAUAUUUGCAGUUCAAAAAUAGUAGGUAAUAAAUGCCAAGAAAAAAAUACA